CAGGCUGACACUGACUCCAAAGAGGAAGAAGUGGAGAAGGAUGAAGACAGAACCAGGGAAAGAUUAAGGUGUUUUCAAGGUGACAGGGGGACCCCUGAUGAUGAGUCGAGUGAGCUGGGAGCUACUGUAAUUUCAAGCUCAGAACCUACCCCCUCUUUGGUGUCCUUUAACUGGUCUCCACAUGAGCUCCUCAACAGCUCAGACCUACAGUUGGAGCUCACAGCUGAGGUUGGAGUGGAGGGCUCGUCGCUCUGCAUUUUGUCCUUGUUUGCCCCACUUGUAGGCAGAAGAAAGACAGCCUUGCUGCAUCCCUUCUCCGGAGUAAACUCCAGGCUGCAGGAAUCACUGGAUUGUGGUUGGCCCCCAGCUCAUCCAUCUCCGUGGGCCAUGGACCUAACUCGAACCCCAGGCUUAAAAGGAAGGCCUACUUCCUCAGCUCAACACAGGACUAAUGAGGUUGUCAAGAGCCCCCUUCCCUCCUCUCCCUCCACCUCACCGUCCUCCCCUUCAUCUGCUCCCUCUUCCCCUUCAUCCUCCCCUUCCUCCUCAUCCUCUUCUCCCAGUGGCACGGUGACCGGUUACCACAAUGAUGUGAAAGGCCAGAUAAAAGGUGGAGGUUCCAACAGCGUAACAGGUGAUGUGGUUUCCUCAACCUCGGCCUCCCUAGCCCCUCCCUCUCAAUCCGCUCCUCCACUUUUAUCCUCCAAUCAGUCUCUUAAUCCUUCAACACUCCAUUCUGGUUUUGAUGGGAAAAGAGAAGGGGGUGAGACUGACAUUUACGAUCCGUUCCACCCCACUGAGGGUGAGAGAGAGGGUGGUGUAGCUGCUAAUGAAGAAGAGGAGGAGGAGGAGGAGGAAGGUGAGAAAUAUGACCCCUUUGAACCCACUGGGUCACCAGUCUCAGAGAAUGAAGGGAUGAAGGAUAAGGACUUAUUGAAUGAGAGCGGUGGCAGUGAGAGCAGGGAAGCCCGAGGGGCAAGAAGGAAGGCAGAGAUGGAAAGAGCUGCGGAGAAGAGGGGACAAGGGAAAAAGAACGAGCCCCCCCCCGACUCUACUUAUACACUUCCCACUGCUCCAACCUCCCCUCGCUCCUUACCUCUCCCCCUCAGGAGGAGACUGGACAGGGAGGCCAACAGGACAAUAGAGCGUGGCAAAGGACGGAAGAAGAGGCAAAACGCAGACUCUGAUCACUCUGAGAUAGAGGAGGGUGAGAUUGUUGGUGCUAUUGAGAGAGACGGGGGGAAGAGGGCUAGAGCCAACGAAGGGAUUCUUUCAAUCCCAUCUGGCAGUCCCUUUUUGGGUGGAUCCAAACCAGAGAGGAUCCUCCGGGUGCUGGAUGGAGAAAGUUUUGUGUCGGUGAUGGCAGAGGGGGAUUGGGUUGAACCCGGGCCUGGGGCAGUGGAUGGGGAUGCAGAACCUGAAGCUGAGCCCUUGGUUGUCGGUGUAGGAGACCUAAGGAGGAAGCUGGUCAGCCGGCGAAAGGAAAGAUACCGCUCCUGCCCCUCCUCUCUGUCGCCUCAGCCCCUGCCACAACUCCCCCUUCCUUCCCCCUCGCCCCCAUCCACCACCCUUCCCCUAUCUGUAGAGAAGGAAGGCAAGGCUCGUAAGUCCUCCAAGGGCUCCAAAGAAAGGGAGCGUCGCAAGCGGAAGGAAGGAAGGUUAGGGGAAAAAGAAGAGCGGAGGAGGAAGAAAAAGAAAGAGAAGGAGGGAAAUGGCAGAGGUGAUAGUAGUGAAAGGAAGGACGGGAUGAGAGGGCGGAGGAACGAGAGAGAGGAGAAGGGGAGCAGGGAAGACAGAGGACGGAGCAGCAGAAGCAACAGCCGGAAAAGAAAGAAAAGACGACAAGGCAGCCCCGAGGCUUCCCACUCCCACAAUUCCUCCGGCCGGUUGACACACAGUAGACGUUCCUGGUCGAGUCUUUCUGAAGACCACCACAGAGAAAGACAAAGAGACAGAGAACAAGAUAGAGACAGAGAAAGAGAACGAGAGAGGGAUCGAGACAGAGACCAAAACGGUGAUCGAAGGAGAGACGAAAGAGCAAGGGAUGGAGACUCCAGCCGGAGAAAGAGGGAUGGAGAGAGGGACUCCAGCAGCAGAGAAAAAGGGAGCUCCAAAAGGUCCAAAGGGGGCAGAGAGCAAAGAGACCGGGAUAGGGAGCGAGAAAGAGAUAGAGACCGGGAAAGCAACAGGGAGAGAGAUAGGCGGCGAGAUGGUCGGUCUGUGGUUCCACCGUCCAUCCAGGACCUGAAUGGCUCCGACCUAUUUGCCAUCAAACGAACCAUCACAGUUACCACCACGACGACAACGGUUCCCAGCUCACCUCCACUGGACUUGACCUCUCCCCGUAGCCCUGCCCAGGGCUCAGACAAGCCCCACAAGAGGAAGAAGAAGAGGCGGCGGCACUCAGAAGACGAGGCUGAAGACGGCGCAUGCCGGCGCAGCCGAUCCCCCUCGCUACACCACUACCAUAGUUACGACUCAGACCGCUACUCUGGCAAGCUGGAGAUAGAUAUGUUAUCUCUGGACGGCGAGGCUUUAGACUCAGACUACCCCUCCUUGGAGGAUUCUCCACCCCCGGCCUUGCCAUCAGAGCCACCUGCCCCAUGCCCUAAACCCAAGGUCACCUUGAAAUCCGGACGGCACCACCUCAAGAAGAAAUUACGGACAGGCAAGAAAACUGUCCAGUCGGAAUCCUCAUCCGUUCGACCUAAAAGCAAGGGUCUCUCCUCUUCUCUCUCACCAACCCAGGCCGAUGCCUCCUCAGGGCAGGCCUCUCUCACACCUGCCACUCCCUCUACCAAACGGGGGCACAAGCUGGGGAAGGAGAAAGAGCGAGGAGAGAAAGUGGGGAAGAAGGAGUCCGGUCGUUCCAGCAGGUCCAAGAAGCUGAGUGGCAGCCGUAAAGGAAAGAUGCAGUCCAAAGUAUCGGUGCUUGUGCGGGAGGGUGUCAGCAGCACCACUGGGGGCUCAGCAGGCCCAGGGAAGCUAGGGAUGGAUCUUCUGGGGACAGGUGGCCCGGGAGGUGGUCCUUGUGGGCAAGUGGUCGGGGGCUCUAUUGCAGUGGUCUUCCGGAGGGACAACGAGAGUAGGUCUCCGUUCCUAAAGCCAUGCACAGAACCGCUCUCACUAAGCGGGCGUAACAAGGACCCUGGCAAGGAAGGAAAACGCAACUCUCUGAACGCACCCCCUCCUUCUUUAUCCAAUCCUGCGCUUAGGUCCAAAAAAGCUAAGCCCAGCUCAACAACAUCAACAUCCUCCUCAGCUUCUUCACCUUCGUCCUCCCUGGCGACUAAGCGAAGGCGUCGCCUAGGAAAGAAGGCACGGGAGAAGGAAGUGGCUGGGGGGCUUGCAGAUGAAAAUGGGGGAAAAGCUAACUGUAGUAUAGAAGGCUGGGAUGGAGCCUCUACUGAGGUUCAAUCAGGACUUGGAAGUGGAGGGAAAGCUUCGAGUCCUCACCCUGGUCCAGUCGGCCCUCUACCCUGUUCUUCGUCAUCGACGUCCUCUGUGAGUGUUGUUCCACCCUCAUCCUCACCCGGCCACACCCCCCCGCCCUCUCUUCCCCCCUUGCGAGAUGCAAGGGAAUCCUCACCAGACUCACAGACUGUUGACAGCAGCUGCAAAACCCCUGAGCCUUCUUUCCUUCCUGAGGACUGCCCAUCACAAACUACCCCCAAUCCCCCUGCUUCUAGCCCUCCUUUGCUCAUUGCCUCCAAAGGGGAGGGCACCUGCAUAUCUCAGUCCACCCCCAUCAUGAAGCCCCUCCCAGUGGACGACGGCCCAAAGCCCCUAGCCUCGCCCCCUUGUUCCUCAUCCUCGUCUGGAUCGGCCCCAGCCUCCUUGUCUCUCCCUCCCUGCUCGACAGACCCCUCUUCGUCUUCCUCCUCCUCUGUGUCCUCCUCUUCAGCCAACAAGCCACCGCCCCCUCCCCCACCCCCUCCUGCAGCGCCGCCGCUCCCAUGGAGUCUGCAGACAGGAGUGGACUGCACUGCUGGCGGCGUUCUGGCAUUGACUGCUCUGCUGUUCAAGAUGGAGGAAGCAAAUAUUGCCAGUAGAGCCAAAGCUCAAGAGUUUAUUCAAGCUACAAGCCAGAUCCUCUCUCAAGCCAAUCAAAACCAGUCGCAGCAGCUUGCCCCGCCCUCAUCUUCCUCCUCUUCCACCUCACAUAUCCCGCCUCCUCCCUCUCUCCAUCCAACCUCCGGUCCCACCCCUGCCCAGUUCAUUCUCCACGGCUGCACCAAAACUCCUCCCUCUCACCUGCUUGCUGGCAUGUCCAUGGGUUGUGCCCAGACCCCACCUCCGCCAUUGCCAAUGGGCUUUUCAGGAGUAACUGGGGGCUCAAGUGAGACUGGCUGGGACAGCGAGAGUAAAGAUCCAGACAAGUACCUGAAGAAGCUGCAUACUCAGGAACGAGCGGUAGAGGAGGUGAAACUAGCCAUCAAGCCCUAUUAUCAGCGCAAGGACAUCAACAAAGAUGAAUAUAAAGACAUCCUGAGGAAAGCAGUACACAAGAUUUGCCACAGUCGCACAGGGGAGAUCAACCCAGUUAAAGUUAGUAACUUGGUCAAACUCUACGUGCAGAGGUACAAGUACUUCAGGAAGCAUGGCCGCAAGAUGGACGAGGAAGAAAGGGAGGAGAGAGAGCAGGGUGGUUUCCAUUCUUACUCGUGAUUAGAUGAUAGGGGUCACUCCUGCACUGGCUUCUACUGGUCCUUGGACUAUUCCUCACGCCCCCCACUCUAAUUCCCCAUUCCCCUGCACGUGAUUGGGCCUACUACGGCCAUUGAGUGACAAUUGUCUCCCCCCUACCCUGUCCCCUUGUAUACUUACAUAUGUACCCCUUUAACCACAUCACGUCUACAACAUGUUGUCUUGCAGUACAAAAUCAAGUAGAUAAAAUGCUAAAUGUACACACGCAUUAUAUUAAAACUUGCCAUUUUGAGGAAGAGAUGUAGAUCACACACACACUGUACAUACUGUAAGUACACUACAGCAAAUGUCUCCCCUUCCUCUUUUCGCUUCUCUCUUUCUGGAUGGUAUUCAAGCUCAACCUGGAUGUAAGUCGGGUCUGCUUGGUUGAAUGGGUCAAAAUAGAAAUGUAACAUUUGUUCCUCUCUGUGUGUGUGUGGGUGCGUGCAUGUUUUUAUGUGUGUGUAUGUGUUUCUUCUUUGAGAAUUACUUUAUUUUAAUUGUUUUACAUGUUAGGGUUCAUCCAGACCCACUCAAUUGGCUGAAAUGGUUGUUCACACCACUGAUGCUAAAAUCACAGGUGUUGUCUAAUUAAUUACCUUUACGUCAUGAGGGUUGGAAAAAUACAACUGAGAAACCUGGUUGAAACUGAUGAUUUGAACUCAUCACACAGCUCCCUGUUGUCUUUCUUUUUACCAUUUCUGCAAUGAGGCUCAUGUUUACAAAGUGAUUUUGUUUUUGUUUUUUUUGCAGGAAACCCUAAAACCCAACAUUGUAUAUCAAACGUCACAUACAUUUUUAUCCAAAAGAAAAUUAAACGGAUGUAUGCAUUUUAUGAAAA